AUGUGUGAUAAGACCGCCCCCCGCGGUCGCCUGCAUCUGGAGUGGGUGUACGGUUACCGUGGACACCAGUGUCGGAAUAACCUGUUCUACAGCGCCGCCAAAGAGCUCGUGUACUUCACUGCCGCUGUGGGCGUGGUCUACAACCCGCGAGAGCACACGCAACGCUUCUACCACGGCCACACGGACGACAUCAUCAGUUUGGCGCUGCACCCGGACCGCGUCCUCGUGGCGUCGGGGCAGGUGGGGGCGGAGUCUUUCGUCUGUGUGUGGGAUUCUUACUCCACCUCCACCGUCUCCAUCCUCCAGGGGGCGCACAGUCAUGGUGUGUCCGGCCUGGCUUUCAGCGCCGAUGGGCAGCGGUUGGUCUCUGUGGGUCUGGACUCUAAAAACACAGUCUGUGUUUGGGACUGGAGACGAGGACGAUCCCUGGUCUCAGCCUCGGGACACUCGGACCGGAUCUUUGACGUGAGCUGGGACCCUGUUCAGCCCGACCGACUCGUCACCUGUGGAGUCAAACACAUCAAGUUCUGGAGCCUGUGUGGGACGUCCCUUUCGUUCCGGAGGGGCGUCUUUGGAAAGGUCCCGGAGCAGACGGUUUUGUCCCUGGCGCUCAGAGAUGACAUCACGUACUCCGGCGCUCUGAGCGGAGACGUGCUGCUGUGGAGGGACGCCAGCGUGAUCAGAACUGUCCCCAACGCCCACGCCGCGGGGAUCUUCAGUUUUCAGGCGUCUGAGGACGGAUUCUGCAGCGGAGGCAGAGACGGAUGUGUCCGACUGUGGGACAUGGACUUCAACCCCAUCACCAGGAUCAACCUGAGAGAGAGUCCCCAGGGCUACGCAGGUCUCUCGGUGCGCUCCGUGUGCUGGAGGUCAGACAGAGUCCUCGCGGGGACUCAGGACGGGGAGAUCUUUGAGGUCCAAGUUCGAGACCUGAACCGGCCCCUGGUCUUGGUCCAGGGCCACAGUGAGGCCGAGCUCUGGGCCCUGGACACUCAUCCCAAACAACAGGUGGCCCUGACCGGCAGUGAUGACCGCUCCCUCAGACUCUGGAGUUUGGUCGACCAUCGUUUACUCGCUCGCUGUAACGUGGAGGAGGGCGUUCGAAGCGUGACCUUUCACCCCGACGGGUCGGUCCUGGCUCUGGGGCUGAAGGACGGCUCCUUCACCGUGCUCCGCGUCAGGGACAUGUCGGAGGUCGUGCACGUGAGGCAGCGCCGUGAGGUCAUUCACGAGCUCAAGUUUUCUCCGGACGCCGCUCUUCUGGCCGUGGGCUGUAACGACGGCUGUGUGGACAUUUACGCCACAGCACAAAGGUAUAAGAAGGUGGGUGAGUGCAGAGGAGCACCUGCAGGGUCAGCGGAGGCCGGAGGAACAGCUGCAGGGUGCAUCUCUCACCUGGACUGGUCAGUGGACAGCAGAGUCCUCCUGACCAACGACGCGGCCGGAAACAGAGCCUUCUACAGGAUGCCCGGGGGGAAGCCGGUGUCUCUGGACGACCUUCGGGGGGUGCAGUGGAUGACCUGGACGGGGGUCGUGGGGUCAGAGGUCAACGGCAUUUGGCCCAAAUAUGGCUCCGAGUCCAACGUAAACUCCGCCCACGCCAACCUGAGCUCCGCCGUGUUAGCCACCGCGCACGCUAACGGCCAAGUCCGGCUCUACCGCUUCCCCUGCAGCAGCAGAGGGGCACAGUUUAAGAAGUACUGCGGUCACUCGGCCCCGGUGACCUGUGUGCGCUGGAGCUCCGACCUGCAGUGGCUCCUGUCGACGGGCGGCGCCGACCACAGCCUGUUCCAGUGGAGGUUUGUGCCCGAGGGCGUGAUGGGCGGAGCUCUGGAGCCGCUACUGCGAGAGGGCUGUGCAGACUCAAACAGUGGGGAGUCUGAUUCUGACCAGUCGGACGUCCCGGAGCUGGACUCAGAGGUGGAACAGGAGGCUCAGAGCGAAUACCAGCGACAGGUGUACAAGCAGGACCUGCCCCACCCGCCCCACCCGCCCCACCCGCCCCACCCGCCCCACGGCUCCACCCACCAACAACCACCACCCUCAGGACUCCGCCUCAACUUCGUCCACGGGUUCCGUGGCUGGGACACUCGCACAUGUCUCGUCUCCUGUGUGUCGGGUGCUCUCGUGUUCCCCGCGGGGGCGCUCUGUGUCCUCUACGAUCGUGUGAGACAUUCUCAGAGGUUUUAUCUGGGACACAGUGACGACGUCCUGAGUCUGACACUGCACCCGACCAAAGACCUGAUCGCCUCGGGACAGGUGGGACGAGAUGCAGAGAUUCACAUUUGGGACGUCCAGACUAUGAAGUGUGUGUCUCUGCUACGAGGACAACACGGGACAGGAGUCUGCUCCCUGGACUUUACAGCUGAUGGGAGGAGCCUGGUCUCUGUGGGACUGGACGAGUCGCACUGCAUCAUGGUCUGGGACUGGAGGAGAGGAGACGCCCUCGCCAAGGCCAGAGGUCACAAAGAUAAAGUCCUGGUGGUGAAGUCCAACCCGUUCAGAACCGACAAACUGGUCUCAGCCGGAACCAAGCACAUCAAGUUCUGGCAGCACUUUGGUGGGGGUCUGACCUCUCGGCGGGGCAUCUGGGGUUCUCGGAGGACAGAGACCCUCAUGGCUCUGGUCUUUGGUCCGGCCGAGGAUUUAGUCUUUUCUGGGUCCAGCUCCGGAGACGUGUUUCUGUGGAAAGACACGAGACUCACCAAGACCUUCAAGACCCACGAUGGACCCGUGUUCAGCAUCUGCUCCCUGGACCAGGGUUUCGUGAGUGGAGGGAAAGAUGGCGUUGUUGAACUUUGGGACGAAAAGUUUGAACGUUGCCUCAAGAGCUUCGCCAUCAAGAGGUCGUCCCUGUGCCCCGCCUCCAAAGGUUUGCUGUUGGAGGAUAAUCCGUCCAUUCGCUCCAUCGCUUUAGGACACGGCCUCAUUUUUGUCGGGACCAAAAACGGCGAGAUUUUAGAGAUUGACAAAACGGGAGCAAUCACACUCCUGGUGCAGGGCCAUAUGGAGGGGGAGGUGUGGGGUUUGGCUGCUCACCCGCUGUUGCCCAUCUGCGCCACGGUCAGUGACGACAAAACGCUCAGAAUAUGGGAACUGUCAACCAAUCAUAGGAUGGUCGCCGUGCGCAAACUCAAGAAAGGGGGGCGUUGCUGUGCGUUCUCUCCCGAUGGAAAGGCUCUCGCUGUGGGCUUGAGCGAUGGCAGUUUCCUGGUGGUGAACGCCGACUCUCUGGAGGACAUGGUCAGCUUCCACCACCGGAGGGCGCCGAUCUCUGACAUCCGCUUCUCCCCGGACUCGGGGCGGUACUUGGCCGUGGCGUCUCUGGACUCAUUCGUGGACAUCUACAGCGUCCUGACGAGUAAACGAGUGGGCGUGUGCCGAGGAGCCGGGGGCGGAGUAAAUCACCUGGACUGGGACUGCAGAGGUAAACUUUUGCAGGUGAACACCACGACCAAUCAGCAGCUGUUCUACGAGGCACCGAGAGGAAAGAGGCAGAACAUCAGCCAAUCAGAGUUUGAGAAGCUGCAGUGGGCGUCCUGGAGCUGUGUCCUGGGGUCGACGGUGGAGGCGGCUCUGAGCUCCGCCCAGGGGCCCGUCGCCCUGAACGCCGCGGCUCUGACCUCUGACCGCUCUCUGCUCGCCACCGGGGACGCUCUGGGCUUCAUACGGCUCUACAGCUACCCCUGCAGGGGUGCGGCGGCGCGGUGCAGGAGAUACGGCGGUCACAGUGGGACCGUGGCGUGCGUGCGAUGGACCAAUGAGGACGCGGCGCUGCUGUCUGUGGGCGGAGCCGACGCUACGCUCAUGAUGUGGACCCGAGACUCCGCCCCCUCCAGAGACAGCCACGCCCCCGACAGUGAAGAUUCGGACCCCGAACCCGACCAGGAUGGAGGUUAUGACAGUGACGUGUCCUGGGAGCGGACUCUGGACUUCGGGACCAAAGUCCAGACCGGGACUCGGACCAGACCUCAGCUCCAGGAACCGGCUCUGGACCAAGACAGGCCUCCGGUGAGUCGAGCUGCUCCUCUGCCCGAAAAACUGCUCAAGACCAACACCUCCAAGAAGAAACCCGUCCAGGACCUGAGUCUGGAGCACGUGUUUGGAUACAGAGGUCUCGACUGUCGGAACAACCUUCACUACCUGAACGACUGCAUGGACGUGGUGUUCCACACGGCCCGAGUCGCCAUCGUCCAGAACCUCUCCUCAGGGACUCAGAGCUUUUACCUGGAGCACAAAGACGACAUCCUGAGUCUCACCGUGAAUCAACAUCCAAAAUACUGCAACAUGAUCGCCACCGGACAGAGAGGAGACCUGAGUGAGGCUCCAGAUUCCGAGGAUUCAGGCGCUCAGAUCCGCGUGUGGGAGGCGGGGUCAAAGCAGACGCUGUCAGUGCUGCGGUGCGUUCAUGGAAAAGGCGUCGGUUCCGUAAACUUCAGCGCCACGGGAAAACUGCUGCUGUCUGUGGGACUGGACCCUGAGCACACCGUCACCGUGUGGCGCUGGCAGGAAGGGUCCAUGGUGGCGAGCAGGGGCGGGCACAGAGAGCGCGUGUUCUUGGCGGAGUUUCGCCCGGAUUCGGACUCGCACUUCGUCUCCGUCGGAGUAAAACACGUGAAGUUUUGGAGCGUCGUGGGAGGAGCUCUGAUCUACAAGAGAGGACUGAGCACCUGCGUGGGCGGAGCCAAGGACCAGACCAUGCUGGCGCUCGCCUUCGGAGCCAACAGCCUGACGUUCUCUGGAGCGGUCAGUGGAGACGUGUACGUGUGGAGGGAGCACCUUCUGGAGCGAGUGGUGGAGAAAGCUCACGCUGGCCCCAUCUUCAGCAUGUGCACCACCCUGAGCGACGGACUCAUUGUCACCGGGGCCAAAGAGAGGCCGACUAAAGAGGGAGGAUCCGUGAAACUUUGGGAUCAGGAAAUGAAGCGGUGCCGAGCGUUUCAUCUGGAGACUGGAAAACCUGUGGAGAACGUCCGAUCAGUCUGCAGAGGCAACGGCAGGAUCCUUGUUGGGACGAGAGGCGGUGACAUCGUUGAACUUGGGGAGAAAAAUGCAGCGUCGAAUCUGCUCCUGAACGGACUUGGUGCUGCCCCCGUGGCCACUGCUGGUACUGCGCUCUCCAGCGCUCCCCCCGCAAUCAUGGGCGGGGCUACGGCGGUGGGCGGAGUCUGCGGCCUGGACACUCAUCCGGUCAGAGAGCUACUAGUGACGACUGGAAAUGACGCCACCCUGAGGAUUUGGGACAUCAGCGAAAAGAAGCUGCUGAGCUGUGUGAGCGUUGGCCGUGUGGCUCUGUGCUGCAGCUUCAGCUUCAGUGGAGACCUCCUCGCCAUCGGCCUGGACCACGGAGAAGUCCUGCUCCUGACCACACACAACCUGCUCCUGUGGGGCAGCAAACGGGACCGCAACGGAGCCAUUCAGGCGCUCAGGUUCAGUCCUGAUGGGAGGUUUUUGGCUGUGGGGUUCCUGGACUCUCUGGUGGACUUCUACGACCUGAGUUUGGGUCCUGGUCUGAACCGGGUUGGGUUCUGCAAAGACCUGCCUGGACCCGUGAAGACCAUGGACUUCUCUGCGGACUCCAGAUUCGUACAGGUGUGCACUAGCGCCCUCUCUCGUCACGUCGUGGAGGUGCCGAGUGGGAAAGAGGUGCCUCACAGCGACAGGGUCACCUGGGCGAGCUGGACCAGCGUCGUCGGGGAAGAGGUGCAGGGGGUGUGGCCUCGAGCCCCAGAGGUCACAGAGGUCACAGAGGUCACGACCCUGAGUGCGUCUCACUCUGGACUCUCUGUGGUGACGGGAGACAACAGAGGAGUCAUACAGCUGUUCAGCUUCCCCCCACAACAGUCUGAUGCUGUGGAGGUGUCUGUGACCCCAGGGUCAAGUGUCCGUGACCCGCCCCCCGGGGUCAAGUGUCUAUCCAGUCUAAGUCCAUUUCAAGUCCAGGUCCAGUCCAGGUCCAGUCCAGGUCUUUACUCGACUUUUCUCUCCAGCUUCUUCAGUUCUGUCCAAUAAAUGAAACAAAUUCAAGAUAUUUUAAAUGAAAUGAAUUCUGAGACAGACCGGGACAGACCGGGACAGUCCAGGACCAGACCGGGACAGACCGGGACAGUCCAGGACCAGACCGGGACAGACUUCGACAGACUUCAUCAGUUUGACUGAACUGACAUUUAGAAGACGAUCCAGCAAAUAUCAGACUGAAACAUCCUUAAGUAACAUGGAUCUAAACCAGGACUAACCCGGGACUAACCCGGGACUAACCCGGGACUAACCCAGGACUAACCCGGGACUAACCCAGGACUAACCCGGGACUAAACCAGGACUAAACCGGGACUAAACUAAACGGGGUCUAAACCGGGAUUA